GGUGUUACUGCAGUUAUUUUGUGCAAUUUUCUUUAGUCAAGUUAGUAAUCUUUUCUUCACAGACUCCAAUGAACCAAGCCUCAACUCGUUCUCACUGCAUCUUCACCAUUCACAUCUCAAGCAAGGAACCAGGAUCUGCAACUAUUCGACGCUCCAAACUGCACUUGGUGGACCUGGCUGGUUCAGAGCGUGUUGCAAAGACUGGAGUUGGAGGCCAGCUCCUGACAGAAGCCAAAUAUAUUAAUCUGUCAUUACUCUACUUGGAACAGGUAAUAAUUGCCCUAGCAGAGAAACAUCGAUCUCACAUUCCCUAUAGGAACUCUAUGAUGACUUCGGUGCUCAGAGACAGCCUAGGAGGAAACUGCAUGACCACCAUGAUUGCAACACUCUCUUUAGACAAAAGAAACAUAGAUGAAUCUAUAUCAACCUGCAGAUUUGCACAGCGAGUUGCACUUAUUAAGAAUGAGGCUGUUCUUAAUGAAGAAAUUGACCCUAGACUGAUGAUUAUCCAUCUGAAGAAGGUGAUCCAGGAAUUGAAGGAUGAGCUGGCCAUGGUGACUGGGGAGCAAAGAACAGAAGAACUUAUGCCAGAAGAGCUACUUGAGCUGGAUAAGCUAAUUAAAAGAUUUCUGGAAGAUCCUGAUCCUGAGAGCACACUGGAUGUUGGCGCUGAUAUGCGCAAGAUCAAGCACUGUUUUAAUUAUAUAAAGCAACUGAUAAAUCGUACAAACAUUCCUGACAGAAGUCUGCUCUCACCAGACAUCACUGGAGCUGAGGAUACCCCAGAGAAGAAAGAGGAGUUAAAGAAGUUGAAAGAUCUUCUGCACCAAAGAGAUAAUGAAAUCAAUAUUCUAGUAAAUAUGUUAAAGAAAGAAAAGAAGAAAGCACAGGAUGCCCUCUUUCAGCUCAGUGCUGGUUCCAGUGGCCUUGCAGUCUCCAAGAGUUCCCUUUCUAUAAGCUUUGAAGAAGGUCACAGGCCAUCUGCAUGUAUUAAUGUGAAAAAUUCACAAGAUUUCAGCUCCUCAGCCCAUAGAGCUGCUUUUCUUCCCAGGCGAGCAGGAUCGAGAGGAGAAAUGUCACUUGGACGUCAGGAAGCUUUUGAAAUUUUCAAGAGGGAUCAUGUGGACAGUGUAACCAUUGAAGACAACAAACAGCUUCUUAAACAGAGGUUUGCUGAAGCAAAAUCCCUGGGAGAAAAAGUAAAUGAAUUAAGAAAUGAAAUAAACCAUCUGAAAGGAGAGAUAACCCAGCGGCACAUUCAAAGGGCAGCUCUAGGAGUUGCCAAUCCUGAAGAGCUGAAUGAAUCUGAUCCCAAGGAAGAGAAGCUUCGAACACAAAUUGAAGAGGAGAAAAAAAGUUAUAAAACAAUGUUCAAUCGCUUGAAAGGGCUGAAGAUAGAGAUUGAACACUUGCAGUUUCUUAUGGAAAAAGCAAAGGUGAAGUUGCAAAAAGACUUUGAAGUCUGGUGGUCUGAAGAGGCAUCAAAUCUGCAGAGCCAGCAAGAGAAACCACCUACGAGCAAUUCAGCAAGUGCCUUAAGGGCUUCCCCCCAGGUUCUUGAAUCCCAGCAAGAUCUGUACAACAACAGUUCUUCAGAUCCUGGUAGGAAAAACAAUGUGAGCAGUCUCAGCAACUCAGCUUCUAGUACAAGGACCCCUCGGACUUCAAGUACAUCUAUCCCACUCACAGGAGACAGCCAGACUGAUGCUGAUAUUCUGGCUUUCAUUAAAGCCAGACAGAAUCUCAUGCAGAAGAAAGGCUUGGGGAACAAGUGAAUUUCCUGUUGCACUCCAGUACUCCCACUGUAAAUGAAGAAAAAUGGACAAUUCCUAAUUCUCUCCUCUUCCCCCACCUGCUCUAAGAACCAGGAAUAACUCAUAUCUUUUCAGCUUAAUUUAGGGGGGGAAGGGGAUGAAUGACUUGUGUAUGUCAAACAUGUGCAAUCAUUCAUAUAUUUAGCAUGGACAAAACUCAAGCAAAACAGAAGCAAUUAGCCAGGAAACCCUUUUUUGCGUAAGGAAUUUGAUGGUCAUUGUGUAAAACAUCACAAUAAGCUAGCACUUUUUAAAACCGCUUUUCCAUCACUAUCCCCAGUGGAACAAUUGUUUGCUGCUGAUUCAAGUUUUUCUCUUUUUCUGAUUGUACCUUGGAGACCUAUGAAUAUGGUUAUAUGAAAUUCAACAGUCUUCCCCACAGGUUUUUGUACAAAGCAUUGUUGGAUUUAAUUCAGGCAGGUUUCACAGCUGUGCUUUGCAAAAAUAGUAAAUAUUUGGAGCCUGAAAUUUAGCAGUUUUAUUCAGGACCAUUGACUGAUGCUACCACAUCACUUUUAUUGUUGGGGGUGGGUGGAGUGAAAGGGAGUUUUCAUACAAAAUGUCUGAAAUUUUGAGAUCACAAAGUAUAAUAUGAAAACAGAUCUGCUAAAAGUGAAAUUUCAUAAAUCAAAGUUUCCAGAAAUGUUAGGACUUUCACUUGGAUACAUUACAUUUAAUGUAAACAUGUAUAGUCCCCAAAAUUUCGAGAUUUUAAAAAGAAAAGCGUUAUUUUGCAGCUGUAAAGUUAAAUUGAGGCUAUUUUGCUGAAAUUAAACAAAAUAUGAAAAUUUAAAUGUGAGGUUUUAAUGUUUUGUUGCAAACACUGUUAUUUGUAUAAUCCCACUUUGCAAUUCCAUGUCUCACUUUCAGUUUCAGAUUCAAGCAAAUCUAAAACAUAUACUCAAAAUUCUGUUUCCAAAAUUUAUAUAGUUUAAGACUGAAACCACCAAAUUUCAUGCUAGUGAUCAACUUGCAGUGAUGGAAUCUAAAAGCUCUUUGUUAUUUAUGUCCAAAAUACAGGCAGUCCCCGGGUUACAUGGAUCCGACUUACAUCGGAUCCCUACUUACAAACGGGGUGAGGCA